UUUAAUAAGCAUAACCGUUGUUGAUAGAAACAUAUACGCUGCAGAAAGUGUCGUCAUAAAGGUUUUGGUUUUGUGAUAGGUACAAUAUAUAAGUGUAAUCGUUGUUGUUAUAUACCUAUACGGUUUGUACGUGGUAGUUUACGUGUAUCCAGUGGUUGUUAUACGGAGAUUCGUUGAUGCUACGAUGCUGUAGUUGUUGUCAUCACAGACAUCGGUGUUUGUAGAACGUCACGGCGGUAGACAGAUCAGUGACCCUCGACAAUGUGUUCCUGAUCGACACCCUCGGCCGUGUCCGACUGGUCAACCCGCUGGACUACGAAGAGGGACACAGACAGCUGCACAUAGCGCUGCAGGUUAAGGACCAUGGCAACCCUCCAUUGACAGCCGAGUCAUAUCUCCACAUCUUCGUCAACGACAGUGACGAUCAGACUCCAAAGUUUCAACAUAAAGUCUACACGGCGUCUGUCAUUGGCGAGAAACCAGUGAUUGAAGAGUGCCACCCAACUCGUCCAGCACUGUUCGCAGAAGACCAGGAUCCGGUGAAGAAGUCCUUGGUUCGAUACAGCAUCAGAGAUGGAAUGCCGGUUCAGCCAUGGCACUGGCAGAAUUUCUUCUUCCUGAACGCGGAGACUGGGGAGCUAUGUCAGAGGGAGACGAUCCCCCGGGCCGUCUACAAGAGAGGGGAUCAAACCGUCGAGGAAGGAUUUGAAGGGUUUUAUAACUAUACCCUUACAGUAGAGAGCUACCAGAUUGACAACAGAAGUAAGUCUGACAUCGCCACCCUCCACGUCAACGUCAUCGACCAGAACAUCCACGGGCCCACGUUCGUAAGACGGCGCUACAAGGCGGAGAUAGAUGAGUUUCCCGCUGUCAGGGCCGGCACCGUCCUCACUGCAGUCAGCGCCGAGGACGAGGACUACGGUAAGAACAGCUUGUUUGAAUAUGAGCUCCUGAGCAACCCGGCCGGGGCGUUCUGGAUCGACUCCAGCAGCGGAGAGAUAAAGGUCACCCGUCCUCGAGCGAUAGACAGAGAGAAAAAUGAGACCAUCACGUUUAGGGUCAGGGCUAGAGAGAUCUCAACAAGCGAGAAGAGGUUCAGUGACCCGGAUGCAGUCGUUGAGGUCACUGUCCUUGAUGACAACGACAACAAACCUAAGUUUAGGAGACCCUCGUACAGAUUUGACGUGAAGGACAGUCUGACUGUUGGAACAGCCAUACAUAAGUUUGAAGAGCGGGUUCGAGCCGACGACCCUGACCUUGGUGAAAACGGCACCAUCCAUUUCUCCAUCACGGGAGUCCAGACGAAGGGGGGCUCGUUCUCAAUGAAGGAUCUGCAGAGAUUCAAGAUAGACAGAGACACGGGGGUCAUGAAGCUGGCGGACAACCUCCGGGACCUUAGGCGGAAGCGGAAGUUCCCCCAGUACAACGUCAUGGUGAAGGCAGAGGACCAGGCCCGCCAACCCAGAGACAGGCUGUCCUCCGUUGUCCGUGUGGUCGUCCAAGUCACGGAGGCCAAUGACUUUCCUCCAUUCUUUGAAAGGACCAAGCAAGUGUCUUAUAUCAGUGAAGCGGCCACCAUAGGUUCCCUGAUCACAAAGCUAAAGGCACGAGAUGAAGAUGGAGACGAGGAUGUUUACCUAAAAUUCAGGAUCAUUUCAGGAAACGAACAAGGAUCAUUCAGGGUGUCUGACAAAGGCUAUUUGUUUACAAACCGCCCACUCGACAGAGAACUCCGCGCAUCGUACAGACUCACACUAGAAGCAUCGGAUGGCAGACACACUGCUGAGGCAAUAUUAACUGUUCAUGUGCGUGACACAAACGACCAUGCCCCAGUUUUCAGCCAAUCAACUUACGACUUUACUCUAUCAGAAGACGCUUCAACCAAUCAGAUGAUAGGGAAAGUUGUUGUGACGGAUAAAGACGAAGGGCCAAACGGGAAAGUAAUAUUUUCGUUGUCCGGAGAACAUUCUGACAUAUUUGGUAUUAAAAAGAGCGGCGAGAUCUACCUGCGUCGGCGUUCUGUUGUCUUGGACCGUGAGACCACGGACCGGAUCAACAUCCAGGUCAGAGCGGAGGAUCUCGGACAGCCCCCGGAACAGGGUGACGCCACAGUACGGAUACGUCUCCUUGACGUCAAUGAUAACAGACCAGUGUUCACAGAGACUCGGUACGUUACGGAAAUAACAGAGGAAUCUCCUGGUCGCAACAGACGUCGCAAACUCGUGCAGCUGGAAGACGAGCUGUUGGCUGAGGACGCUGACAAGGACGUCGGUAACCGCAACAUCACCUACAGCCUACGCGGUGUUGGGACUGACGUCUUUAUGAUUGACAAGAGAACUGGGCGUGUGUAUAUCAGACAGACUCGUCUUGUUGAUUGCGAAGUGAAGUGCGAUUACAAACUGAAGGUCGUAGCUAGAGAUCGCGGUGGAGAUGGUUUGGAGGGAACGGCUGAUCUGGUCAUCAAGAUCAAAGACAUUAAUGACAACAAGCCCACCUUGACGAAGAACUACACGUUCCGCGCCUCACCGCGGGCCAAGGUCGGUUCCGUGAUCGGGGACAUCGACGCAGUGGACGUAGACGUGGACGCCCGCAACAGGCGCGUCAUGUACGUGCUCAAAGACGGCGGGUACGGCAAGUUCAGCAUCGACUUCGAUUCAGGCCGGCUGAUCCUGGUCGACUCCCUGACCCGCGAGCCUCAGAUGGAGACGUACAACCUGGCGGUGGAGGUGAUGGACACCGGGGAGCCACGCCUUAGCACCAUGGGGGUGGUCAGGGUGCAGGUGCCCGUCAACAGGAAGCCUACACUAGGGGUGGCACAGAAGGUGGUGGUCAGCGAGGACGCGCGUGUGGGGGUGAGGAUCGGCCGGGUCAACGUAACCGACUCUGAUUCCCUGACAUACAGACUGGAUCAGACUGAUUCAGUUCCAUUCCGGGUGAGCUCUGACGGCACUAUCAGCACUACCAGAAAACUGGAUAGGGAGGAUAGUGAGGCGUACACACUGAAGAUAGUCGUCACAGAUAGGGGCUACCCGAUCAACACCGUCACCGCCACCGUCGACGUUGUUGUACAGGACGUCAAUGACAACGCCCCAGUGUUCACGUUUACCAGAUACUCAGGAGAGAUUGUGGAAGAUGACGCCAGCCCCAAGAGGAAUCAAAUUGUAAAAAUGUCAGGGGAGAUAACUGUGACGGACGGCGACGGGACCGAGGAGAACCGAGGUGUUGUCCUGUCACUGCGGGGUGAGGGGAGCGACAAGUUCACCAUCGACUCGGACACCGGGAUAGUGAAGGUCAAGGUCCCAGGGUCCAUAGACUGUGAAGUCAAAUGUUUCUACGCGUUUAAGCUUCACGCACAAGACCAGAAGGGCCGGGGUCUGAGUGGCAAGGCUGACAUCCUCAUCAGUGUGCAGGACCUCAACGACAACUCCCCGACCUUCCAGCCUAAUCUGACCUUCACCUUGAACUCUCUCACAAAGGUCGGUGCCCAGAUUGGCAGUGUCAAGGCCACAGAUAGGGACAAGAAGGGCCCCAAUAAUGUCGUCCUCCAUGUUCUUACUGAAGGAGGAGAUGGCAAGUUUGAGGUUGACCCGUAUACAGGAAGCAUCAAGCUUCAGAUGCCACUCCUGGAUGAACCACGGAGAGAGAAGUACCUCCUUCACGUCAGUGCAUUUGACUUCGGGAACCCCUCCUUGUCCGCCGACACCACAGUGGCCAUCAAUGUCCCCCUCAACUUUGAGCCUAGGGUAGCCCCAAAGACAACAUUCUCUGUUGAGGAAAAUAUCCCUGUUGGGUCAAACAUUGGUCAAGUUGCAGCCACCGACAAGAACGUUGAACGGGGAGAAGAUGACCACUUGAGAUACUUCAUUGAUGAAGAGACUUUGGCAGGUGCUGGUUUUCCGUUCAGCAUAGAUAUUGACACCGGCAUGAUAUCCACUAGAGCAGCUCUGGACAAGGAAACGGCCGAUGGGUUCACUUUCCUUGUGUAUGUGGUCGACUCCCUAGUUCCGGUGUACACAUCCUCGAGUUCCGUGCACGUGGAGGUGCGGGACCAGAACGACAGUCCCCCCGAGUUCACCUCCCCCGAGUAUGUGAUGAAGGUCCUGGAAGAUGAUGCUGGGCACGUACAACAAACGCUGCAGAUUUCUCCGUCAGUUGGCGUUACCGACAUAGACACCGCCCUUGCAGACAUACAGUUCAGCUUGAUGGGGAAUGGCAGUGACCUGUUUGUCAUCGACCCGGACACAGGUCACAUCGACCUGAAACACAGUGGCACCAUGGACAGCGAGACACAGCAGCAGUAUAACCUAACUGUUGUGGCAUCAGAUGGAAGAUUCUCCAGUGAAGCACCGUUAACAGUAAUUGUAGAAGAUGUCAACGAUCACGCACCAGUAUUCCAAGGGGAGAUAACUCUGAAUGUCAGCUCUCAGACACCUGUGGGGUCUGUGAUUGGUCAAGUCAAUGCCGCUGAUGCUGAUGUGACGGAGCAGAACAAUGAUGUGAUGUAUUACGUCAUCAAAGGUGGACUGGAUAAGUUUGCUGUUCAUCCUGAAUCAGGCGAGAUCCAGGUUGUGUCAUCCCUGAUGGAGAACCCCCUCCAGGACUCCUACUCCCUGACAGUCCGAGCUGCGGACCUGGGACGACCCCAGAAGUACAGCGAUACAACCGUCACCAUCUACGUCCCCAUCAACUACCAGCCACAGGUGCCCCCCGUCACGGAGCUACAGGUGGGGGAGGACCUCCCCCCGGGCAGCGUCGUGCACACGCUGCAUGUACUGGACCCCAAUGUGGAUAGAGGAGACGGGGACAAGCUCAACUUCUUCAUCAGUGAACACAUGUCUCGAGAUAUCCCCUUUGAGAUCGACAGAUACACAGGGGCUCUGAGGACCAAGGCUGUGCUGGAUCGAGAAAGCACUGACAAGUACAGUUUCCUGGUUCAUGUGACCGACAGCAAGCAGCCUGUGUACACGGCAUCCACAACUGUACACCUCACCGUUACUGAUGUCAACGACAACGUGCCCGUAUUUGCAGCCAACAGCUAUAAUGCUAAAGUCAUUGAGGAUGAUGCCACACCAGGCAAAGCACAGGUGGUGUAUCUGAGGCCUCCACUGAAGGUGACAGAUGAGGACAGUUCGAGUGACCAGUUUGUGUACAGGCUGCAGGGAACAGGGAGCGAGCUCUUCUCCAUAGAUGCCAGCAGUGGACAGAUCACUCAGAGGGAGGCGGGGAGUCUGGAUGGGGACAGCACCUCCCUCUAUAAUCUCACAGUGUCUGUAGAUGACGGUCGCUAUGUCAGCAAUGUCUCACUGUUGGUGUCUGUGGAGGAUGUGAACGACCACGCCCCUGUGAUGCUGGGGGGGAAGAGAGUGGAGGUUGACCCUCUGUCCCUCCCGGGGGAUGUGGCAGCCGUGAUGAAGGCAGAGGACUUGGACCAAUCAGACAGGAACAAGAGAGUCUCGUACUACCUCAUGGCUGGAGGCAUGGACAGGUUCAGGAUAGAGGAGAAUACAGGGGAGAUAACUGUUGCCAGCUCUCUGACUGAGGGAAGGCUACAGGACCAGUAUGACCUUGAGAUCCGUGUUGUUGAUCACGGCUACCCCCAGCAGUCCACAGACUUCACCCUCACCCUGGAUGUCCCAGUCAAUUUCCCCCCCAGGCUGAGUGACGGCUACAGCUUCAGGCUGCAGGAGAAUGUCCCGGUGGGGACGGCUGCCGGGCAUGUGGUGGCCACGGACAGGAAUGUAGACAAGGGGGAAGACGAACAACUCAGCUACUUCAUGGGUGAGACAGAAUCACCCAGCCUGCCCUUCGCCAUUGAGCGAGACACAGGUCAGCUCCUGACAACGUCCACCAUUGACCGAGAACAACACAGCGAGUACAAGUUCUCUGUGAUCGUCACCGACAGUCGCAGCCCUGUCUACACAUCUUCGUCAACGGUCACCGUGGCUAUAGACGAUGAGAAUGACAAUGCUCCGGUGUUUAAUGCUCAGCAGUAUGGCGUCAGCUUCCCUGAAGACAGGGACUUUACCGAUGACAGAGAGUUAAUUCUGUUGCCCAAGAUGUCUGUACAAGACCCUGAUGGCGGGUCUGACCAGCUGCAGUUCAGACUGGAGGGAACUGGCAGCGACCGGUUUCAGAUGAACUCCCUGACCGGGGCCAUUGCAGUUAGAAAGGAGGCUGUCUUUGAUACAGAGCAGAGGCCGUACUACAACUUGACGGUUGUGGUGAGUGACGGCUUACACUCCUCUGCAGCAAUACUUGACAUCAACGUGGAUGACAUCAACGACAACGCCCCUGAGUUCAGCUACAACACAACAAUCUACCUAGACCCCUUUGCACCACUGGGGAGUCAUGCUGGGGACGCCUCUGCUGUGGACGGCGACGUCACGGACCCCAACAGUGUCGUUCACUACCAUCUGCUGGGAGGUGGGCUGGACAAGUUCACAAUACAUGAAGAAACAGGUCAGCUGACACUAGUGUCGUCUCUGAUGGAGGACCCAAAGCGCAGCGAGUACAAUGUUAAAGUACUGGCAUUUGACAUGGGGACCCCCCAACGGAGGACCAAUGGCGUGUUCAAGAUUAGGGUUCCUGUCAACUACCAGCCUCACUUUGAAUCCCUGUACAGACUCAAUGUCAAGGAGAACGUCACCGUGGGGUCAGAGUUCGGGCAGGUCAAGGCAACUGACAAGAACAUAGAACUGGGCGAGGAUGAAAGGCUGAAUUAUUUCAUCGACGAGAAGAGUACUCAAGGUGUUGACUUCCCCUUCUACAUGAACCGACAGUCUGGUCAGCUGGUCAUCUCCUGUGUGCUGGACCGAGAGAAGAAAGACAAGUAUGACUUCAUGGUGUAUGCCACCGACUCCAAGCUGCCUGUGUACACGGCAUCAACGCUGGUGGAAGUCACCAUUGACGACAUCAACGACAAUCCCCCACAGUUCGGUGCUGCAGCGUACACUGCUCUCAUCCAGGAGGAUGACGCCAACCCAGGAACUCAACAAACACUCUCUGUGACUCCACUGGUGUCGGCCACUGAUGCUGACAGUAUCCGGGAGGACCUGACGUACAGGUUGGAGGGACCAGGGGGUGACCUGUUUGACCUUGACCCUGUGACAACGCGGUUGCGUCAGAAGACAGCUGGGAGCCUUGACAGUGACACUCACCAGCAGUACAACCUAACACUGGUGGUAUCAGAUGGUGAACAUGAGACGACUGCAGACCUGCUCGUGAUGGUGGCAGACACUAACGAUAAUGCCCCCAGCUUCCUGCCCACGACCGAGCUACGUGUUGACCCUGAGGAGAGAGUGGGGACAGUAGUGGGGAGGGUGCAGGCUGUUGACAGGGACACCUCUCCUGGGAACGGGGACAUCGCCUACUACCUCCAGGGUGGGGGCCUGGACAAGUUCUCCGUUCACGCCCACACAGGGGAGAUAACCCUGGUGGGAGGGCUGCUGGACACCCCCUACAGAGAAGAGUAUCAGCUUCAAAUAAGAGCUGUGGACUUUGGUCAGCCCCAGAUGUCUGACUCUACAGUUCUCACAGUGAUCGUUCCCCUCAACAAGCCCCCCCAGGUGGCGGCCGAGACUAUAUUCAGGGUGGAUGAGGAUCAGCCUGUGGGGACAGAGAUCGGUGAUGUGAUGGCUUCCGACCCUGACAGGACACCCCACCUGGUGUAUGAGAUACGGGACUCGGACAUGCCAUUCCAAAUCAACCAAUCAGGCACCAUCUCCGUGACGAUGAAGCUGGACAGUGAAAGAAGAGACAAGUACAUGUUCACUGUGCUUGUGGUGGAUGCAGGCACUCCCACACACACAGCUACGACCACAGCCACCAUCUACGUCGAUGGCGUCAACGAUGAGAAGCCUUUGUUCUCCCACACCAUGUACACAGCAUUGGUCGAGGAAAACCUUUCUCUGGAGGCGUCCCUCAAACCGAUACCUAUUACGCCUGAGUUGGUAGUGACUGAUGGUGACUCUGUGGAUGGGGGGGAUGUUGUGUUGACACUGGAGGGGGAGGGAAGUGAGGUCUUCACAAUCGACAGGGUCACACAUGACCUGAAGAUCACAGACCCAAAUCUCAUUGACUGUGAGAGAAUGUGUGAAUACAACCUGCUGCUGAUUGCAACUGACGAUGGCGGCCAUGGUCUACAGAACAGUGCCAACCUGACGAUCACCAUCCUCGAUGUCAAUGACAACGCCCCCACCUUCCAGCACUCCUACAACUUCAGCGUUCCCCCUGAUACACCAGUAGGCACGGUUGUGGGUGUGGUGCAAGCAACAGAUAUUGACGGCUUUGAAGGCAACAACAGGAUCACAUAUCUCCUUACCAGGGGAGGAGCAGGGAAGUUCUUUGUGGACCCUGUGUCAGGUGAAGUACUGGUGUCAGACUCCCUGAUCCGAGCUCCGAUACAAGACAUCUACAGACUGAGCAUCAGGGCAGGCGACUCCGGGUACCCCUCUCUGUUCGAGGACACGGAGGUCUCCGUGAAUGUCCCAAACAACAAGCCUGCACUGGUUCCUGAGGACCUCACUCUGACAGUAGAAGAGUCCACUCCAGUGGGAGGGUAUGUGGGUGAGGUGGCCGUCACUGACCCUGAUGCUUCACCUCUCUACCCUGUCAUCUUCUCGUUGUUGGACUCCUCGGAUACCCUCCACAUCGACCCCACAUCAGGGGAGAUAACCACCGUGGUGGCGCUGGACUCCGAGAGACAGUCUCAGUACAUCACCAGAGUCCAGAUCGAGGACCGUGGCAUCCCAACACAUGUCAUGACAGCAACCGUCACCGUCAACAUUGCAGACAUCAAUGACAAUUACCCACAAUUCUCCUCUCCAACAGGGUAUGCAGUCACUAUUGAGGAAAAUGAUGCUGACCUGGAGACUGCAGUCCUGACCCUGAAACCAACAUUUGUUGUCAGUGACGAGGAUCGAAGAGAAAGCAACUUUGUGUACAAGCUGUUUGGACAGUAUUCGGAACAUUUUGAAAUGAACGAGGGAUCAGGGGCAAUAACUCUUGCCCCAGACAUAGACAUAGACUGUGAGCGUGUAUGUGAGUACAACUUGAAGAUAAACGUAACGGAUGAAGGUGGUGUAGGUUUAACAUCCACCGCUCCUCUGCAAAUAACUGUAGAGGACAUCAACGACAAUCCUCCUGACGUCACCCCCGAUGUUGUGUACAGUGUGAGCCCCAAUGCCACUGUCGGCGAUGUUGUUGGGAAGGUGCUUGCUGUUGACCUUGACAUAAGCGACCAAAACCAUCAACUGACCUUUAUUCUCACUUAUGGAGGAUCCGGAAAAUUUGCUGUUGGUUUUCAUACUGGCAUCAUAACAGUUGCCGACAAUCUGACAAGACAACCAUUAGUUGACGAGUACCGGCUACAGUUCACAGUGCGAGAUUCCGGGUUCCCCGGCUUAAGCUCCGAGGCGAUCUACACUGUGCACGUCCCCAUCAAUAAACGCCCUAUUUUCAAAAACACCAAGGUUGCUGUUGAUGUCCUUGAGGAUGUGGAGAUAGGGUACAUCAUUGCCGACGUUGGCGUGGACGACCCAGACUCCUUGACGGGAGGAGUUAGUGACAUCACCUACAGCCUUGUUGGAGAUCAAGGACUGUUCACCAUAGACAAGUCUACAGGGCUGAUCACCACUGCAGCCUUGCUGGAUGCUGAACACACGACCAGUGUGGACAUGACAGCCUCUGUAGUGGACACAGGUAUCCCCACCUACACCGGGACGACGGCCGUGCAUGUCGACAUCCAGGGUGUCAACGACAACAUCCCCACCUUCUCAUCGUCCACUGGCUACACUGCCAUCAUAAGGGAGGAUGUCGGCCUCGGAUCCACAGACCCGGUUGAAAUAGUCUUGAUUCCCGGACUCUCUAUAGCUGAUGAAGAUGGAGAUGACGUGCAUGUCCAUCUGUCCGGCGAUGGUGCGGAACUGUUUGCAGUUGACCAGAAGACCCACACCAUCACGCUGGAGAACCCAGACAGCAUCGACUGUGAACAUCAGUGUCAUUACAAUUUGUCGAUCAUAGCAUCAGACAGUGGCACCCCCGAGUUGACUAGUUCCGCUGAGCUGACGGUCCAGAUUGAAGACGUGAAUGAACAUGCUCCCGAGUUUGCCAGGACCUUCGUUUACCCAGUCCAAGCUGCCGCCCCAGUCGGCACGCUGGUUGGUUAUGUGGAGGCAACGGACAAAGACUUCGGGGAAAGGAACAGCGACAUCUCAUAUAUUCUGAAAUCGGGAGGCUAUGACAAGUUUGCCGUCCAUUCUGACACUGGGGCCAUCACAGUCGCUGACAGCCUCAUCCGGGAGCCUCAACUGAAGCAGUAUGACCUUCAGGUGGAGGCUCGUGACCUUGGGUACCCUCAGAGGUCAGCUGAGACGACUGUGGUGGUCAAAGUUCCUGUCAACGAGGAGCCAGUGUUUGCUCACACCAUGGUGUACAACGUGUCUGAAGACUUCACUGUUGGGGACAUCAUCGGAACUGUGAAAGCAGAGGAUGUAGAUCUGGGGAUGGGAGAGAAGCAGUACCUGGCCUAUAGUAUCAUUGGAGGCGAUGGUGUGUUUUCCGUAGACAGCAGAACAGGGGACAUAAUCCUGUUUGAUGACCUUGACGCUGAGUCAAGGAGCUCCUACGAGUUGAAGGUGAAGGCUGAAGACCAUGGGUAUCCAUCGCUGACAUCAACAGGAUCACUGAUCAUCAAUGUUGAUGAUGUUAAUGAUAAUCCCCCUGUAUUCACGGCACCACAUGGAUACGUUGCUAUGGUGUCCGAGAUGGCUGAUGUAACCAUCAAGCCUAUUGUGGAAAUAGUGCCAGAGUUGUCCGUCCUUGAUGCUGACAUAGAGGGAGCCACUGACGGUGUCUGGUUUGGUUUGGAAGGAUUUGGACACAGCGACUUCCGCCUGGAUCCAGUCACAGGUCAGCUGACAGUACGCGAGAAUGCCACGCUGGAUGCAGAUCUCCAACAGAUAUAUAAGCUAAAGAUAACAGCAAUAGAUCAGGGGGUUACUGGACUGAAGGCCACAGCAGCACUGAACAUCACCAUUGAGGAUGUCAAUGAUAACCCGCCGGUGUUCCGCCAGACAGUGGAGGGCAUUCUGUCCCCUCUUGUGGUGGACCCCUCCUCCCCUCUUGGGACGGUGAUCUACACAUUCCUGGCUGACGACGCCGAUGCUGAUGCAGACAACAGGAGGAUCACCUACAUGCUGCAGAGCGGGGGAUAUGGGAAGUUCUCCGUGGAUCCAUUCUCUGGCGAAGUAAAGAUCGCUGAUGACUUGACCCGCGACCCCCUGGAGAAGGACUACUUCCUGACUGUGAAGGCUGUCGACUCCGGGUCCCCGUCCCUGUCAGCUGACGCUGUGCUGCAGCUGCACGUGCCCCUCAACACCCGGCCGCAGCCUCAGUCUGACAUCCAGCUGCAGGUGCCCGAGAACAUCACCGUGGGAGACGUGGUGGACGUGAUCUACAUCAGGGACUUUGACUCCCAGUCAGAUGGCUUCCAGUACUUGCUGGACACAACUGUGUCUGAGUUCACCAUCGACCCUCUGAGAGGCGAGAUACGAACAGUGAAGCCCUUGGAUGCUGAGUUCCGCAGUGAGUACAUCCUCCCUAUCACCAUCAUCGACCGCGGCUUCCCCACCCACACGGUCUCCACCACUGCUACUGUGACAGUCAGCGAUGUCGAUGACAACCUGCCCCAGUUCUCGGCCCUGACGGAGUACACAGCAACCCUACAGGAAGGCAGAUAUGAUGCAGAACAGGAACUCAUCUUGUCUCCAGGCCUGGCAGUCUGGGACAGGGACAUCAGUGCCAGCAACAGCGAGUACAGGGUGUUCCUGAAGGGUCACGGCAGCGACAUGUUCCAGAUCACACCAGAUGGUACCCGUAUUCUUCUCAAAGGAUCGUCCAUGCUGGAUGCGGAGAAUGUCCCAGACUACCAUCUCCAGAUAAUUGCCGAGAGUGUACAGAAUGACUGGCGCCACACUGGCGUCAACCUGACCAUAUCUGUAGAGGAUGAGAAUGACCAUGCUCCGUACCUGCCCCACGGCCAGGAGUUUACUGUGGAUCCUGCCAGCAGUGUUGGCACUGUGGUCGGCGCUGUUGUCGCUGUCGACGAAGAUGUUGUCAGCCCUAACAACGAUGUCAUGUACAUCAUGAGAGAAGAUGGAUAUGGGAAGUUUGGAAUUGACAUUGACGAUGGAAACCUAUUUGUGAAGAAUAGCCUCACUCUGGAACCUACCCUUGACCUCUAUGAACUCCAAGUUGUGGCUGUAGACAAAGGCUACCCAGCAUUGACAGGCUCCACCAUGGUCAGAAUCAAUGUACCGAUCAACAAGCCGAUCACUGUGCCGAAGUCGGUAACGUUCAGUGUUGACGAGGAUGCUGACAUUGGUAAAGAGGUGGGCAGGAUCAACAUCACACAGCCAGACGGAGACACUGGGACUGUAGAGUACAGGCUGCUCAAUACUGGUGUUCCUUUCACCAUUGACACCAGCAAGGGAAUAAUCCGAACCUCUACAUCCUUGGAUGCGGAUACAGAUGCGGAGUAUGUUCUUCAAGUGGCGGUGACCAACCGUGGCGUGCCCACCUACACCUCCACAACAUCAGUGACGGUAGCUGUUGGCAACAUCAAUGACAACCCUCCACAGUUCACAUCAGACCAGGGCUACACAGCAACAGUGGUGGAGAACUAUGACGUCACACUCUUGAAUGUGAUUCCAACUGUAGCAGUCAUAGAUCUAGAUAACAGGGGCACUGUCAUGGAUGUGGAAUACUCCCUGGGAGGAAACCACUCCGACCUGUUCACGAUCAACCCACUAUCAGCUGCUGUCAGCAUCAAGGAUCCUCAGGGCCUGGAUGCAGAGCAUGCUCUUGUGUAUAAUCUCACGCUCACUGCUACAGAUGACAACGGUAAAGGUCUGAAAACUCAUGCUAACCUGAAGGUGAAGGUGAAGGAUGUUAACGACAACUCGCCUCGCUUUGACUACAAUCACGUUGUGAAGGUAGACCCCAGAAGCCUGGUUGGCUAUGAGGUUGCUACUGUAAAGGCUGUUGAUGACGACGGCUCUCCUGAGAAUAACAGACUCAUGUACUUCCUUCAAGACGGUGUCGGUAAAUUCAGAAUCAACCCCUUGACAGGCACAAUCUCGUUGUCAUCGAGACUGACGGAGGAGCCUUUGAGGUCAGAGUACAGCCUUGGAGUGAGGGUGGUAGACUCAGGCUUCCCCCCGCAGACGGCCGACACCACGGUGAGGGUGCUGGUAGAGCUGAAUCAACCAGCUGUGUACGAGCUGACCCAGGACUUCCAUGUGACGGAGAACCGCCCCGCCAGUACCAUGGUGGGCAUCCUGGACGUCGCUGACCCUGAUGGCAGGGCCCUGGAGUUCACCUCACUGGAUCACUCAGUGCCACUGGCUGUUGACCGGACAACGGGCACGAUCCACACCACAUCCUCCCUGGACCGGGAGAAGUCCGCAUCUGUCAGCCUCCCUGUGCAAGUGGUGGACCAGGGUGCACCCUCCUUCACCGGCACCAUCAUCACCACCGUCCACAUCCUGGACAUCAACGACAACAGUCCCACCUUCAAUGUAGCCGAUGGAUAUCAUGGAGUUGUCCCCGAGACCUUCGACUCCCUUGACCCGUACAUCGUGUAUCUGAAUCGGCCGAUAGUUGUGGAUGAUGCCGACCCCGAUGCUGACCUGGAAAACAUUCAGCUCAGGCUGACCGGACCUGGCAGUGACCUGUUCCAGAUAGACCGGGCUUCAGGGCAUCUUAUUCUCCACACUCCCCAGAGUGUUGACAGUGAAACCCAGGCCACCUUCAACCUGACUCUGACUGCAGUGGAUGACUCCGGUGGGAAGACUCAGCAGUCGUCGGUGCCGGUGUUUAUUGAUGUAGAUGACUUUAAUGACAAUCCACCGGAAUUCAAGGAUGAUUUUGAGUUUGAAGUGGCCACGAACACACCAGUCGGUGCAGAGAUCGGGACAGUUGUGGCCACGGAUAGAGACGUCUCCGAGAGGAAUAACAAACUCACCUACAUCCUGAAAUCUGGGGGAUAUGGAAAGUUUGAACUGGACAGUGAAACAGGUGUGUUGAGUCUGUCGGAGAACAUCCUGCGAGAACCUGUGCUGGGGACCUACAUCCUGCAUGUCGAGGCUCUGGACAGUGGGGAGGGCCGACUCUCCGGGGACACCAGCGUCACCAUCAGGGUGCCAGUCAACUCCCCGCCCACCAUCACAGACAGCUUCACCUUUGCUGUAGAGGAGAACAAGCCUGUGGGCAGUGUAGUAGGGGAGGUAACUCUGGACGACCCAGACACAGCAUCAAACCCAUAUGAGAAGUUUGAAUUCACUGUCACAGAUGCACAAGCACCAUUUGAGUUCCGAAGGAAGACCGGUACCCUGACAACCAAGAGGGGUUUGGACAGGGAGAAGGAGGACUACCUCACUGUGCCUGUCCGAGUGGUCAACCCAGGGGCACCCUCCUUCACAGUGACCACUACAGUGACCGUCGCAGUGACCGACGUCAACGACAACAUUCCGGUGUUCAGCUCUCCGUCAGGUUAUGUGGCCUCCAUGAUAGAGAAUACAGUGACCGAGUUCCUGGAGAUGAGUGAUGGAGUGAGUGUUGUUGACGCCGAUGCCACGGAGGCUCACCGACUGACCACCCUACAUCUUGGUGGUGAGGGUAGUGAAAGGUUCAUCCUGGACUCGGACAGCGGCCGCCUCAAGCUGAGGACGCCCGGCAAACUAGACGCUGAGGAGCAGAGUUCAUACAAUUUGACUAUCACUGCAACAGAUGAGUCUGGGAGAGGCAAGAACUCCACAACGUCCCUGACUGUCAAUAUUGAGGAUGUCAACGACAAUGCUCCAGUGUUCCCGGGAACAUACAACUUGAGUAUAGCUGCUGGGACAAGGGUAGGACAAGUUGUCGGGAGGAUCAAGGCCACUGACAGAGACAUCCAUCGCAAAAACAACAGGAUCACGUAUCUUCUUAGAGGCGGCGCUUUUGGGAAGUUUGAUUUGGAUCCAGAUUCAGGUGACAUUGUAGCCAUCGAGAAGCUGACAGUUGAGCCAUUCCGUCACGUGUACCACCUCUCGGUUGAGGCCAUUGACUCGGGGGACCUCAGACAGUCAGCCGAGACAGUGGUCACUAUCAAGGUCAACCUCAACAAGCCACCCGUUGUGCCCACUACCAUCCAGUUCAAGGUCAAGGAAAACCAGACUGUGGGGUCGGAGGUGGGCAGGGUCAAGGUCACUGACCCGGACAUGGAGUACAACAAUGGAGAGGAGAUCCAGUUCUUCACCGGGGAACCUGAAGUGCCUUUCAUGGUGGAGCGUGACACCGGCAUUGUACGGAUGGCCACAGAGCUUGACCGAGAGACAAAUGACCACUUUGAGAUGUCCGUUGUUGUGGUCAACAAGGGAUCUCCCUCAUACACUGCAACUACACACAUCGUCAUCGGAAUCAUCGACCUCAACGACAACCCACCAACAUUCUCAGCAAGUCAGUAUGUGGGUCGAGUCGUGGAGGACCAAGACGGGAGCCGGGAUGCAACUCAAGUUGACCUGGAUCGGCUGAUACUGGUGAGCGAUGAGGAUGUGACCGAGGAGAACCGAGGGUUGGUGCUGAGCCUGGUGGGGGUGGGCAGUGACCAGUUCCAAGUGGACGCAGACACGGGUCACUUGUACGUCCGCAGGCCGGGAGUCAUUGACUGUGAACACAGAUGUCAGUACAAGCUCAUGCUAUAUGCCACAGACCAAAAUGGCAAAGGUCUCACCAGCUCAGCGAACUUGACCAUUAACGUUGAAGACGUGAACGACCACAGCCCGGAGUUUGAGGAGAAAUAUGAGUUCACGGUGAACACAGGAGCAGCUAAGGGAUCGCACAUUGGGAUGCUGGCGGCCACCGACCGGGACGACACUGUGAAGAACAACCAACUCACCUACUUCCUCACAGACGGCGGACAUGGCAAGUUUGAUGUCAAUCCAACUACAGGUGAGCUGUAUGUUUCUGACACGCUGAAGAGAGAGCCCUACCACGACGUCUUCCAUCUGCAUGUGCAAGCUGUAGACAACGGCUUCCCACGACGGUCCGCUGACACCACAGUCCAGAUCAAGGUUCCCAUGAACAAAGCCCCAACCGUGGAGAAAGUGAUGUCUCUGACGAUGGUGGAAAACCUGCCGGCAGGGACCAUGGUGGGGAAGGUUGAAGCCGUGGACCCGGACCUUGGGAGCAGUGCCGGGGAGACCCUGGAGUAUCUCAUCACUGAUACAUCAGUGCCCAUUAUGGUGGACAAGUACAGCGGAGAGCUGAAACUGAAGUCGAGCGUUGAUCGAGAGAAGCUGGACAGCAUGAGCUUCAAUGUGCAGGUGGUGAACGACGGUGCACCUGCCUACACCAUGUCCACACUCGUUACCAUUAUCGUCAAUGACACCAACGACCAUGCGCCCGAGUUUUCCAUCAAGGGAGGGUACUCUGGUGUUGUGUCUGAAACUGUGUCGACUUCCAGGGGGGAUGUUUAUGUUAAAUUGAGCCACCCGAUCACAAUUGAAGACAAAGAUGACACAACUGAGAACAGGGAUGUGCGGGUCACACUGACAGGGCGUGGCUCCGACAACUUCGAGUUUGUGGAAGCCACAGGCAGGAUAAAGAUACGAGACCCCUCCAUGAUUGAUGCUGAAGUACAAAGGACUUUCAAUCUGAAGCUGACAGCCACGGAUCAAGGAGGACGUGGAUUCAGCACCUCUACCAAUGUCUCCAUCACCGUGGACGACAUCAAUGACAACCGCCCCAUCUUUGUCAGCAGCACCACCUUCAGCAUGGCCCCUUCUGCCAUGAGGGACAGCAAGGUGGGCGUGGUCCGAGCCAGGGAUGACGACGCUACCGCCCAGAACAACAGGAUCACCUACCUCCUCACGGGGGGAGGACACGGCAAGUUUACCGUCGACUCCAGAACAGGAGAAAUCUUUGUGACUGACUCCCCGAAUCACCAGUCAAUGCUAGACGUGUACCAUCUGGACAUCCGGGCACAGGACAACGGUGUGCCGCAGAUGUCCACAGAUACUGUCGUCACUGUCAACGUCCCCAUCAACCACCCACCCAGGAUGUCACUUCCCAAGUAUGAGUUUCACCUGCCGGAGAACAACGCCGUCGAUGCUGUUGUGGGGAGGGUGACAGCUGUCGACCCUGACAUCCCUGCCGACCCCCAUCACAAACUGACAUACUCUAUAGAUGACGCUAGCGGGUUAUUCAGCAUCCGACCCGACACUGGUGUCAUCACUGCCAACACAGUGCUGGACAGAGAGGUCACAGCCACUGUAGUGUUCGAUGUGCAGGUCAAGGACAAUGUGUACCCACAAAACUCGGAUACAGCCAAUGUCAAGGUCAUUAUCAUUGACCUCAAUGACAACCCCCCUGUUUUGAUGGGGGGGUCGGAUUACCGUGGUGCUGUGUUUGAAGACAACAAGCGGCCAAUGAGAGGACAGAUUGUUAAACUGGACAGGAAUAUAAGUGUGAUAGACCGAGAUGCGACAGAGAUUCACCGGGACUUCGUGGUAGAGCUGGAAGGAUAUGCCAGCAAGUUCUUCCGAUACAUCCCAGCCACAGGCCAGCUGGCAGUCAGAACCCCUGGCUCUAUUGACAGAGAGUUUAACGAGGCAUUUGAAAUGAAGAUCGUGGCCAGAGAUCGCAGCUUCAGCUGGCUAUCUUCCACUGCUACCCUACGCAUAGAUGUUGCCGAUAGCAAUGACAAUUACCCAGAAUUCCUUGAGACAACCUUCACCUUCACACUACCUUCUGUAGUCAAUGCUGGGGACGUUGCUGGGAAGGUUGUAGCCAGGGACAUCGACGCCACGGAGCCCAACAACAAGAUGCUCUAUCUUCUACAGGACAACCCUCUGGGAAAGUUUAAGCUUGAUAUCAACACAGGAGACUUGAUUCUGCUGCCAAGUUUCUUCUCCAAGCCUCGCAAGGAUGUGUACAGGGUGACUGUGGAGGCUCGAGACCUCGGCUUCCCCUCGCGCAAAGCUCAGACCAAGGUCAUAGUCCGAGCACCCUACUUCGACUUCAACGACCAUCCCCCUGAUUUCAAAGGGGAGACGAUGUUUGUAACGCGGGAGGAGAUUGCAGUGGGAGCAGUUGUUGGUCGCUUGAAUGUUGUGGAUGCGGACAAGGAUGGGAGCAGUGGUGUGAUGCUGGAGGUUCUACACACUGGCACCACAGUGCCUUUCAAGGUGGAAGCUGACGGUGCCAUCACGUGCUCAGAACGUAUAGAUCGAGACCUUGGACCCAAAUAUUACACCUUCAAAGUCCGAGCAACAGACACAGGAACACCUCCAUUCAAUGUCACCAGAGAUAUUAGUGUUAUCGUUGAUGACAUCAACGACAAUCCACCCAAAUUUCCUCUGCCAAAAUACAAACACAUGGUGUCGGAUAUCUUCCCACCCCGAACAGUAGUGGCGACUCCCUUUGCGUUUGACAAUGUGGAUGAGCGAGACUCUGUGUACCAUUACACAAUGAAAGGGGAUGACCAGGGCUAUUUUCAUAUCAAUGAAAAAACAGGGGUCGUUGUCACCACUGAUAUGGCCUCGACCCUUGACCCUCAGACUAUGACAUACCAGAUCGAGGCUGUAGAUCUGUAUAAUAAAUCACUCAAGGCUGUAACAGAGCUUGUGAUUCAGGUGAUCGAAUCUGCGAAGCCAUCUAAUGCUACCUGUUAAUGGGUACAAUUGUUUGAAGCAAAUUGUAAAUUAUGUCUAUUGUUGAUUGAGCAAUGAAUAAAUUAAUAUUUUUGUGAAAAACUU